AUGCCAGAACCAAUUCCCGGUCCGGCACCAUUGCCAAUUGUUGGCAACGCCCAUAAUCUUGACCUUGUAAAUACAUAUACUACGCUUGGAAACCUCGCGGACACAUAUGGCCCUAUCUUCAAGCUUACUCUGGGCGGCCAAGAGAGAAUCUUCAUCACUACACAGGCUUUGAUGAAUGAGGUUUGCGAUGAAAAGCGUUUCUCGAAGCUAGUUUCAGGCGCUUUAGGUCAAAUAAGGAAUGGUGUCCAGGAUGGCCUGUUUACAGCCCACACAGGGGAGCACAAUUGGGAGAUUGCACAUCGUGUGCUGAUGCCAGCAUUUGGCCCGAUAUCAAUUCGGUCUAUGUUUGAUGAGAUGCAUGAUAUAGCAUCACAGUUGGUGGUCAAAUGGGCCCGAUUUGGUCCCAACGAAAAGAUUCAUGUGACCGAUGAUUUCACGAGGUUGACUCUCGACUCAAUCGCGCUUUGCGCAAUGGGUGCGCGGUUCAACUCUUUUUACCACGAGGAGAUGCAUCCGUUUGUCAAUGCAAUGGUCGACUUUCUGGCCGAAUCUGGAGCCCGAGCCAGUCGACCAGCCGUCGUACAGUAUUUCAUGCACUCGGCUCAGCAAAAGUAUGAUGCCGAUAUUGCGUUAUUGAAAAAGGUGGCUGGAGAUCUGGUUGCAGAACGGAGGGCCCACCCCAACGACAAGAAAGACUUACUAAAUGCCAUGUUAAAAGGGAAAGAUGUUAAGACCGGAGAACAUAUGACGGAGGAGAGUAUAAUGAACAAUAUGAUUACUUUCUUGAUUGCCGGUCACGAGACUACAAGUGGUCUCCUGUCGUUUUUGUUCUAUUAUCUCCUCAAGCACCCGUCGGCGUAUCAAACCGCACAGCGCCAGGUUGAUGAGGUCGUGGGUCGUGGCCCCAUCACUGUAGACCACAUGUCUAAAUUGCCCUAUAUCGAGGCAUGCAUGCGAGAAACGCUCAGACUCACGCCGUCUGCAAUCGCUAUCCAAGUACAGGCUCGGCCAGACGGCACAGAAGAUCCCGUCUACCUAGCUGGCGGGAAGUAUGAGGUCAAAAAGGGGCAAGCAAUUGUUUGCUUUAUUCCACAGAUUCAACGUGACCCAUUAGUCUAUGGUGAUGACGCAGAUCAAUUCAAGCCCGAGAGGAUGCUAGACGAGGCUUUUGCAAAGCUUCCCAAAAACUCAUGGAAACCAUUUGGAAAUGGUGUGCGUGGGUGUAUCGGCAGGCCAUUUGCCUGGCAGGAGGCCAUACUCAUUGCUGCCAUGCUCCUUCAGAAUUUCAACUUGCGUUUCGAUGAUCCAAGCUAUCAGCUACGGAUAAAGCAAGCCCUCACCAUCAAGCCUAAUGAUUUCUUCAUGCGUGCAACUCUGAGACACAAUGUCGACCCUGUUCAGCUCGAGAAAAUGCUUCACGGAAACAUAGCAGUGGAAGGCAAAGCAGCGGAGCAGGACAGAAGGGCAAGUUCUUCGCCAGCUGGCCCCGCUAAGAAACCUAUGACAAUCCUUUAUGGCUCAAACGCUGGGACAUGUGAAGCACUGGCGCAGAAUCUGGCACGAGAUGCGUCCGGUCGUGGCUACUCGGCUCAGGUCAAUCCUUUGGAUUCGGGCAUUGACAAUAUACCAAAGGGCCAACCUGUGGUCCUGUUAUGCUCCAGCUACGAAGGGCAACCUCCAGAUAAUGCCGCCCAUUUUGUAGAAUGGAUUCAGAGCCUUGGCAGCAAUGCAUUGACUGGUGUGAAGUAUGCAGUCUAUGGCUGCGGAAACCAUGAUUGGACCUCCACGUUUCAUAGGAUUCCUAAACUCCUAGACGCUGAGUUUGAGAGGUCAGGUGCGACAAGAGUUGCGGGAACCGGACUUGGGGAUGUUGCUGACGGGGACAUCUUCAACCACUUUGAUAAAUGGCAAGAUGAGCAACUUUGGGCCUCUAUCGGGGGUAAAGCGGUCCCUUCAGAAGAGGAUAGUAUCGAAAUUGAAAUCGAUACGGAAGCCCGCAAGUCGACGCUCCGUCAAGAUGUUAAGGAAGCAACCAUCAUCAGCAACCGGGUUUUGACGGCAGCAGGCCUACCAGAAAAGAGGCACAUUGUCCUGAAACUCCCUACCGGGAUGUCUUACCAGACUGGAGAUUAUCUUGCUGUGCUCCCUAUCAAUGAUCAGAGAAAUAUUCGACGAGCCCUGAACCGUUACAACCUGCCUUGGGACGCCCUGCUCACUAUCAGGGUUGGAGCCAACACAACGCUGCCAACGGGCCACCCGGUUUCAGCAAUGGAUGUGUUGAGUGCAUAUGUAGAAUUGGGCCAGCCGGCAACACGAAAGAACGUUGCACGUAUUGCUGCUAGUAUCCCGGACGAGCGGACCCGCGAGCAAGUCCUUUCUCUUGCUAAGGAGAACUUUGAUAAUGAAAUUUUGAAAAAGCGCCGUUCUCCAUUGGACCUGCUCGAAGAAUAUCCUUCUGCUGAGCUGCCCUUGGGUGACUUCCUUGCGAUGCUGCCACCUAUGCGCAUUCGCCAGUAUUCGAUAUCUUCGUCCCCUCUGGCAGACCCGACAGUAGCGUCUAUUACGUGGUCGGUCCUUGAUGCGCCGUCUAGGAUCGCUGAUUCGAAACGAUUCCUUGGUGUGGCGUCGAAUUUCCUAUCCAAGGUUGAAGAAGGUGAUAGGAUUCAUGUUGCGGUGAAGACAAGCCAUGGAAACUUCCACCCUCCCAGGGAUAUCGAGAACACGCCUCUCAUGAUGUUCUGUGCUGGAACGGGUCUCGCUCCCUUCCGAGGCUUCAUACAAGAACGGGCAAUCCAAGCACAAGCGGGUCGAAUGGUUGCUCCGGCAUACCUUUUUAUCGGCUGCAGGGAACCUGAAAAGGAUGAACUCUUCAAGGACGAGCUCCAGCAGUGGGAGAAGGACGGAGUGGUGAAGGUCUUCUACGCGUUUUCCAAGGCAAGUGAACAGAGCAAGGGCUGCCGACAUGUGCAGGACAGACUCUGGGAGGAGAGGGAGGAAAUGAGAAAGGUCUUUGACCAGGGCGCGAAGCUAUACGUCUGCGGAACCAGUAUGGUCGGAGAAGGUGUCGCCGCAACCAUAAAGAAGAUCUUCCAGGACUAUUGCGACUCCGUUGGCAGGCCGAAAACAGAUGAGGAUGUUGAGAGAUGGUUUCAGGAGAUCAAGAGCGAUCGCUACUCCUCUGAUGUCUUCGCUUAG